AUGCCAGAGCUCUUCAACACCACUCGCCUGCAGGGCAAGACUGCGAUCGUGACGGGCGCGUCGAGCGGCAUCGGCGCCGCGACCGCGGUCCUCUUCGCGCGCGCCGGCUGCAACCUCGUGCUCCUCGCGCGGCGCAAAGCGCAGCUGGACGAGGUCGCGGCGCAAGCCAAGGCCGCCGCGGAGGCCAUGGGCCACCGCCCGCAGAUCGUCGUGCGCACGCUCGACGUAAACGACCGCGCGGCGGUCGACGCGCUCGUGCCUGCGCUGAAGGAGGCGGGCGUGCAGUCCUUCGACGUGCUCGUCAACAACGCCGGCGGCGCGAUUGGCACCGAGCGCGCAGGCGACAUCAAGAUGGACGACGUCGACUUCAUGGUCAACACCAACCUCGUCUCGCUCAUCCAGAUCACGCAGGUCUUCCUGCCCGAGAUGAAGCGCCAGGACUCGGGCCACAUCAUUAACAUCGGCUCGCUGGCGGGCCGCGAGGCGUAUGUCGGCGGCACGAUAUACUGUGCUGUCAAGCACGCCGUCAAGGCAUUCUCCCAGUCGCUCCUCAAGGAGCUCGUCGCCACGGGCAUCCGCGUGUCCGAGGUCGCCCCCGGCUUCGCUGAGACCAACUUCGCCGUCACCCGCUUCCGUGGCGACGAGGAGGCCGCCAAGGCCGUGUACAAGGGCUUCAAGCCGCUCGUCGCCGAGGACAUCGCCGAGGAGAUUGUGUGGUGCGCGCUGCGCCCGCCGCACGUGCAGAUCGCCGAGCUCUACGUCCUCCCGUCGGCGCAGGGUGCCGCGACCAUCAUCCACCGCAGCGAGUAA